AAGGUGCCAAACUCCCAAACCCAAGCAGUAGCACGAACGGAAGUCGCAGAGAGAGAGACGCCGUCGUCCGCCUGCACGCUCCACUGCUGCAGAGUCUAGCCGCUGCCCUCCAGACGCCACCUCGCCGGAAACUCUCCCGCCUCCAGGUCCCGGAGUCCAGGUACGGAGAGUAAUGGCUGGCAUGCCGUCAGUGCCGUGUAUAUAAGUCUGGCCACCCUCUCGACCACCGAUUGCCGGAGUGCUGAAAGACGAUCAGCGACUGGGACAUAGGCAUCGCCACACCAGGAAGUCACCGCCAGAUCCGACAUACUACACGAAACUAGAGGCAGGAGCCACUCGCAAGUCGCAACCGGCGCAUACCUUCCGUCGCCGGGUUAUCAUUCUCGUCCCGGUGAAAUUUACCGGCGGUUCUGCCUUCUCGCACAGCUUCUUCAGCAUCUGCAAUUCUGCCAACAUGCUAAAGAUCCCUGAACAUCAAGUUGCAGGGCAUCAAGCGCACGGCGGGAAGCUGGGACCCCUCGUAGACGAUUCCGGCCUCUUCUACAAGCCAUUGCAGGGCGAAGAUCGUGGGUCCCAUGAGGUUGCAUUCUACACAUCAUUCUAUUCAAACCCUAAGAUCCCGCCCCGCAUUCGCCGUUUCUUCCCCAAGUUCCAUGGAACUCAGGUCCUCGAGGCAUCAGAUGGUUCCGGCCUACUAUCCCAUCUAGUUCUGGAAGACCUCACUCUGUCCAAAUCCAAUCCGUCCAUAAUGGACAUCAAGAUCGGGUCGAGGACGUGGCCCCCACACGAAUCCUCGGAGUACAUUGAGAAAUGCUUGAAAAAGGACCGCGAGACAUCCAGCAUCACCUUAGGUUUCAGGCUUUCGGGCUUCCAAAUGUACGUGCCCAAAGAAACCGGUUUUUGGAAGCCCGAAAGGAAAUCGGUUCAGAACCUCUCUGCAUCAGAGGUUGGCUUAGUUCUAAGGAAGUUUGUAUCUUCAAACAGUUCAUCUGAUUGCUCCUUCGUGUCAGCCGUAUAUGGUGGGCCCCACGGGAUUUUAUCGCAGUUGCUCGAGCUGAAAGCUUGGUUUGAGGAUCAAACUAUCUACCAUUUCUAUUCUUGCUCGAUCCUCAUGAUGUACGAGAAAGAACUUGCGUCACAAGAAAACAGCUCGCAUGGCGCAACCAUCAAGAUGAUUGAUUUCGCGCACGUGGCGGACGCUGGUGGGGUCAUUGAUCAUAACUUCCUCGGCGGGCUUUGCUCUUUGAUCAAGUUCGUUUCUGACAUUCUUGCAACGCCAAAUGGUCCUACAAAUGUUGUUGAAAGGAUUUUUUAGUUAGUCACUUCACUCAUCCCCACUUGCCCUUGUGUUUUCUGUUACUGGGCAAAUGCUGGAACCAUGCAGCACCAUUCUUCCCUUUAUUUUUUCUCUUUAAAUAAUCGGGGUCUGCUACACUCACACCACAGAUGAUAAGAUUGACACUAUCAGUCUUUUACAUAGAAUAUUUUCUCGCAGACAAUGAUUUGUGUGAUUUUCUUUGGUAGUGUGAACCAUGAUGUCAAUUCUAGGCUUGAAGUUGUAUUUUUCAAAUAAUAUACUCUGUAGCAUUGU